GCCCUCCCCGAUCAGUUUCUCUCCCCCGAGUUUCCCGGAGGACAGAGAGGCCAGCCCAGACAGGGCCUCCAUGGAGGCUGUACCAGAGGAGGAGGUUGCCAUGGAGAUCAUGGAAGUGGAUGAGGAGAUAACCUUUAACCUCAGCAGGGGGGACGGACUGGCAGGGGAGGAGGAGGAGGAAGACACCCAGGAGUUUGAAGUGACCAAACCCCCCUCCCCUCCCAAACCCCCCUCCCCCACCAAACCCCCCUCCCCCGUCAGACAGCUGUCCCCAGGACUGUACCCGGCUCUCCCCCGGGCUGCACCUGCCGAACCUUCGCCCAUCAGAGCGCCGCUGUACCCUGACCUGUCCCCGACGUACCGGGAACCUGGGGGUGGGGAGGAGACUGUACCCUCAGAACCUGUAUCAGCCUGGGCUCCGUGGGGAGGCACCUUGUCCAGGGCUCCUCUCCAGAGAGGCAGCGCGCCCCUCCCCACCACUUCUGUUGUAAGCGAGGUGGUAGAAGAAGAAACAAUGAUGGAAACAAGUUCAGCUGCAGGAACGUUAGAAUACCCCUCCCCUCCGAAGCCAGUACGCCUCCUGCUAUCCUCUACAACGAUGACACCACCAGACACCCCUGAGAGCACGGCCAGAAUGCCGGCCCAGCCAGCGACCGUGGACGUAACGCCUCAGCCUGCACCCGUUUCUCCUGUUAAAGCCGAACAAACCGAAGCAGACGUGGGAGAAAUCUCCGUAACAGCUGAAUCGACAGUCGUUAAGGAGGUAAAGUUUUCAGCUGAAGAAGGACCAGAACUUUCUUUACAAGCACAAGAACCAGCAACUCAGUUGCCAACCGCUGCUGUGGUUAUGGAAGAAGAUCCAGGAUUGGUUGAGAGGCAGGCGACAACUAUAGAAGCAGCCAUCCCAUUGGUGGAGCCAUCUGCUGUGGUUAUGGAAGAAGCCCCAGGAUUGGUUGAAACGCAUUCAACAGCCAUGGAAGCCGACUCAUCAUUGGAUGAGCCACCGAAGCCAGUUUCUCCACAAGUAAAACCUUCAUCGCCUUCAACUUCAGAAGUUAAAAACAUUGAAAUGUCAGUUGAAGAGGAUGCCGAACCUUCAAGACUAGCAGAAAUAAUCACCAAACCUCCAGUAAUUGUGGAAGCCAGAAGUAAAGAAACUGUUUCGACUGUAGUUGAUAAAGAGCCCACAAUGGCUGAACCAUCCAUAUCAGUCUCAGAAGUGACCCAGUCACCAAGAAAGCCGAGUCCUGAGAGAGAAGCCGCGCCAUUGGCCGAGCCAGCUUCCCCAGUUGCUGACACACCAAUGAGAGGACAGGUGUCAGGUGUGGAGCAGUUUAAACGAUCGCUGAGAACGAGAAGCCGUAGUCCGCUCAAGGCUGCCAGGAGGACGAGUGCAGAGGGAGACCAGGAGAGGGAAGACAGGGCUGAAAGGCUCUAG